AUUUGUGCUUAGAAAAAGUAGUAGAAAUAUUUCUACGUUUGCUACAUGGCAACACUUUAAUUUAAUUUGGGUGUUUGUCAUAAAAAGCUGAUUUCAUACUUUUGUUGCUGCGUAGAGAAGUUUUUGUUGAAAAUAUAAAAGACAUGGAAUUUCCGGACUGUCCACCAAGUCUUAAGCAAAUACAACAUUUUUUGAAAAUAGCACAAGAGCAUGAUGCCAGAGACAUUAUCGUUGCAUAUUGGUGUCGCCUUUAUGCCUUACAAACGGGCCUUAACUUGUCGACACAGAAACCGGAGGAGACACAAUUGUUAUUAGCUGUUAUGGAUUGGUUGGAAACGGUAAAAAAAGAACAUGCAGAUAACGAAGCAAUAACAAAUGAGGUAGCAGCUCAAGCACAUAUGGAAAACUAUGCACUGAAACUAUUCCUUUACGCAGACAAACAAGAUCGAGAAGGUAAUUUCGGCAAAAAUGUAGUUAAAGCAUUUUACUCCAGUGGAGUUUUGUACGAUGUACUGCAAACGUUCGGCGAACUUACGGAAGAAGCAAUACACAAUCGUAAAUAUGCUAAAUGGAAGGCAGCAUAUAUACAUAAUUGUUUGAAAAAUGGUGAAACGCCAGUGUCUGGUCCAAUGCAAGACGAAGAAAAUGAGUUUGCUGACGAGGCAUCAGGUGCAAAUGCAGCAGAAAAUGAAUCACCAACUGCAACAACACCAGCUGAUGAAGAAGAAGCACCACCGGCUGAUGAAGAACCAGCACCACCACCGAUAGAUCCAUCUCCACCAAAUACUACGCCACCUACAGUAGAUGAAGUACUAAAUAACCCAAAUAAAUUGCCUAGUCCACCAGUUGAUGAAGAAAAACCAGGUGGUUUUGAAGCAUAUGUACCACCAGCACAGCCUCAUCCAGCUUAUACAGCACCAACACCAGUUGAAGGUUUGCAAUUGACUCCGGAACAAAUGAUCAAAGCUCAAAAAUAUUGCAAAUACGCCGGCAGUGCUCUUAACUAUGAUGAUGUCAAAACCGCAAUUGAGAAUAUGCAGAAAGCUUUAACAUUACUAACUACGGGACAAGAUAGUUAAAUAAUGACCUUCUCUUGUAUUGGUCUUCAUAGUAUUUAUUAAAUCUCACAUAAUUAAAAAAUUGCUUUCUGUAUGUUAACCAAGGUUGCACCUUAAAAUGCUUUAGUAUUUAAAUUUGCUUAGCAAUAAACAGUUUUAACUAUUAUAAAUUAAAA